UUAAAUAUGUAUCGCCGGGUAUAGAUUUUAAAGUAAUAGAAAAUUUAAAAUAUGUCGUUUCUGAAAUGUCUCCCACCGAGCGGUUUUGCGAAAUUUUAUUCGACGAAAUUUCAUUAAAAAAGAUCUCGUUUAUAAUAAAAGUAGAGAUAUUAUUGACGGUUUCGUGGAUAUUGGCGACGGUAAUCGCGACCUCAAUGUCGCCGACAAAUGUUGUUUUUUCAUGGUGAAAGCCAUCGCGGCGGAUUGGAAAUAUGUCCUUUCCUAUUAUAUGGUAAAAGGCGGUAUGUUGGCUUCAAAUCUUUUAGAAUCCUUAACGGAAAAUAUUAAAACGGUUGAAGGCCUCGGCUUAAGCGUCAAAGCCAUCGUCUGCGAUCAAGGCCCAACCAACGUUCGUCUUUUUAAACUUUUAAAUGUCUCCGCGGAAAAUCCGUUCUUUAUUUUCAAUUCAAAUAAAAUUCACUGUCUUUACGACUAUUGCCACUUAAUUAAAUCGGUUCGGAAUAACUUAUUAAAGCACGAUUUGAAAACUGUCGAUGGCAUCGCGAGCGGUAAAGUCAUUCGUCAAUUAUAUUCGGUAGAUAAAGCGAAUGUAAACUUCAAGGUAUGUCCUAAGCUUACAGCUUCGCAUAUUUACCCCAAUAAUUUUGAAAAAAUGAGCGUAUCCCGAGCGACGCAGCUAUUGAGUAAUUCGGUAGCUGCAGGCAUUGAUAUGGCGCAGAAACAAGGGUUGCUAGGGUCUGAUGAAUACACCCUCAAAUGUGGCAAGCCGACUCAGUUGUUUGUAAAGCGCAUGAAUGAUUUGUUCGAUGAGCUCGAUUGUAAGAGAUUAAAUAAUAAAAACCCAUUGAAGGGUCCAAUUUGGCGCGAUUCUGUAGACAAGCUUAACAGGCUUAAGGACCACAUUAAAUUCAUUUCGUUGGGAAAAUUGAAUCAAGAUGCCCUUGAGAACUUUUUUUAUAAAAUCCGCGCAACUCAGGGCAUUAAUACGCAUCCAUCGGGCCAUGAAAUUCAGUACAUUGUUGCUCGCUUAAUUUCUAUGAAAAUUUUGAGACGGAAAUUUGAUAAAAAAAGGUACAAACUGCGAAGAUGAUGAAGAUUUGAACCUGGAUUGGAAUAUUGCUGAUGAAGAUUCCUUGAAAGACAAUUUAGGACCUUCAGAGCAACUUGCGAUGGAUGUCGAUAUUCCAGAAGAGCAAUUUUCUUGGGAUAUUGACAUUCCUGAAGAGCACUUUGCUCUCGCGGAAGGGGCAUCAGCAGAAAUCCAGGUGCAAAGGUACUACGCAGGUUAUACCAUUUACCAAAAAUUAUUGUCAAAGUCGCAAUAUAAAACUUGUAUUGACGCGAUGGUGAAAACUCCAGGCGAACUGAAAGACUAUUCCGAAGCCUUGAUCCGAGCUAAGAAUUAUAAAGAAUGUCCUGAUGUGAGACUAAUUAAUCCAACUGAGUGGGUAUUUGAAACAUUGCGCAUGCAGAUGGCAUGGUAUAAGCAUUUAUUUUCAGAAAUAUGCUCAUUCAGUUGGAAUUCAUGAACAAAUUGUUAACGCGCUUAUUAAAAAAACAAAUGAAGAAUUUUCGGAAUGGUUUUCAGAAGCCGGAGAUUGUUUUGAGCACCGAAAGCAACUUCUGAAUUCCAUGGUAACCGUAUUACUGUUUAAAAACGCGAAAUGGUUGGCUGGAGAUGAAGCCCAAGCAAACAUGGAGCGUCUUAAACAGAUAAAUUAAAAAGAUUAAAUGUAAAAAAAAGAAAAUGAUUGAACGAAAUGGCAUUUUCAAUUGCAAGCUAAGAGCCCAUGAAAUUGGAGGCAACAUGCGACGGCAGCAGCUUUUUUUCUUCUAUUUCCAGAUUUUUUCUUCUAUUU